AUGCUACAAUCAAUUGAAAGUUAUUAUCAAGAAUUAGGUCGAACUGUACGUGAUGGUGAAAUAGCUAAUGGUCAUUUAUUUUCUUUUUAUUUUGACAAGUCAACAGAAAUUUUUAAUUUUAGGAUAAUUAUAUAUCAAUUCUUUUUAUUUUGACAAGUCAACACAAAUUUUUAAUUUUAGGAUAAUUAUAUAUUUUGUUAAUGUAUAAUAAAGAAGAGAAUAACGAUAAAUAUAAUAAAUAUUAAUACAAUUUGUUUUUGUGUUUUUUUAAUUUUUUUAUAAACUAAUUUUAUUAUUUUUAAGAAAAGAGAAAGAUAAUAAGAAAAAAAAAAAAAAAGGAGGAAAAAGAGAAAAGACAAGGAGAAAAAUAAAUAAUUAGAUAGAGUAUGAGGAUAACGCGAGGCCUUUCGAAUGUUUUCUUUUUCAAGCGAUUUCUUCAAGAAGUAUCAUUACAAAGGAAAGUUCAAUUGAAUCUUGCAGGAACAACGAGUUUGGCUUUUGACAUAUUUUCAAAUAGUAUAACCAUGUAUUGUAGUGUGUUUUCGAUAUUAUCGGUUUUUAUUAAAGGAUCUUUCGAUAAUGCAUUUUAAUGUGUUGUAAUGCAAUUUCAUAUGUUUUUAUGAAUCUUCAUACGUUUUUUGAUUUUUGAUACAGUUAACGUAUUAUCAUGUGGUUUAAGAGAGGGUCCGCGAGAGGACCUAUCAAUUUUAUGUGGAGCCG